AUGACGGUAAACUACGACCUGGCCCAUCGAGGGUCGUCGACGCCUCAACCUUCGAACUGCACAGCCUUGGAAGACCGAUUCGAGGUACUGAAGGACAUUGGCGAUGGCAGCUUUGGAAGCGUGGUUCUCGCUCGAGUGCGUGCUGCAGGUUCAAGUGUAGCACGUCGAGGCACUGUCAUUGCUAUCAAAACAAUGAAGAAGAACUUCGAAUCCUUCGCGCCAUGUUUAGAACUUCGAGAGGUCGUCUUCCUCAAAACACUCCCACCUCACCAACACCUCGUUCCUGCCUUGGACAUCUUCCUCGAUCCUUUCAGCAAGAAACUUCACAUCGCCAUGGAGUAUAUGGAUGGAAACCUUUAUCAACUGAUGAAGGCUCGAGACCAUAAAUGCUUAGACGUUGGGAGCGUCAAAAGUAUCCUCUUCCAGAUCAUGCAAGGUUUGGAACAUAUUCAUGCUCAUCACUUUUUUCACCGAGACAUCAAACCAGAGAACAUUCUCGUAUCGACAUCAGCACAACAGGAUUCCGCAAACUCAUUCCGUCGCUACUCAGCAAUGGUCACACCUCCAUCGACUCCUCUCACUUAUACUGUGAAGAUUGCCGAUUUUGGACUUGCCAGAGAGACACACUCUAAGCUGGCAUACACUACAUACGUAUCAACGCGUUGGUAUCGCGCUCCGGAAGUCCUUCUCCGUGCUGGUGAGUAUUCAUCACCCGUCGAUAUCUGGGCUAUCGGUGCCAUGGCAGUAGAGAUUGCUACUUUGAAGCCACUGUUCCCGGGAGGUAACGAAGUCGACCAGGUCUGGCGAGUAUGCGAGAUCAUGGGCAGUCCCGGCAAUUGGUACAAUAAGUCUGGCGCCAGAGUUGGUGGUGGAGAUUGGAGAGAAGGAACUCGCCUCGCAGGCAAGCUUGGAUUUUCUUUCCCCAAGAUGGCACCUCAUGCCAUGGAUACGAUCCUUCAAUCACCACAAUGGCCAGCAUCACUGAGCCACUUUGUCACGUGGUGUUUGAUGUGGGAUCCCAAGAGUCGACCAACAUCCAGCCAAGCGUUAGCUCACGAAUUCUUCGCCGAUGCUGUUGACCCACUACGACCAAAGUCCUCGGCAUCAAGAAUGCUAGGACGUAAGCACUCAGAUCUCAGCUAUCGUGCCUCAAAGGACUCUCCCGAGGCUGUUGCACCCUCAUCCUCCUCCAAAUCAUCAUGGUUCAGGAAAUCCUUGAUCGGCCGGUCCGACAGCACGACUGGUACAUCACAAACAUCAGGGAAGGAAAAUGUCGCUCCCUCAAGGCCGCCUCCAGUCCACGCAGCGACCGAGAUUCCGGUGACUAAGACACGUCCUCAAGCUAACAAGAGAACGACAUGGAACAAUGGCCCUUCAAAUGUGGCCCCUAUGCCAAUUUUGCCUACCAUCAAACCUAUCUCGCCUCUUUCGGACGCUGUUACAGCACAAGCAAGUAGCCGAACACCAUCGUACAAUGAUUCUUACGCAUCAUCAACACAACGACAAUCAAACGCGGAUGAUAAAGUAGCCAAGAAGAUUGGUCGACAACUUUCGGUCGCUUCGACUAAUAAUCAUUAUGCCGACAUACAUCGACAACAGGCUGAGAUGGCACUGACUGGAAACAGUGGCUUGGCUUCACCUCCAAAUGGCCAGAAGGAAAGCUUCUUCUCACACCUUCGAAAACGAGCGAGAAGAUUCUCAGGACGCCAGUCACAAACGCCAAUUUCGCCAAAAUCAAUGGACAUUGAAGCACAGGCUGGAUGUGGUCCAUGGGCCAGCAAUAGAUCUUCAAUGGUCGUUGAUGGGGCAGAUAUUCCAAGCCCAAACCAAAAAGUCGAUACUUACGAGGCUUUGGAUAAGGCGUUGAGAAACGUGCAGCAGAAUCUCGAAUCUCCGCAAAUGGGCACUGCUCCAAUUCCCCCAAAUCAUCUUAUAAAUCCAAGCAGUGUCUUGAAACGCCACCAUUCGCUUCCUCAACAACAACCCCGAUCCGUGGACAAUCUCCGUGGAGCGGGACCUGUUUCAAGCAGAACAAGAAGGUCUCAAGUACCAGGGGCUGCUCGGCAAUACGAGACACCUGAUGAGGAAGAUGAGCUGCUCGACGAAGUCUUGAGCAGCACGCACAAAGCCUUAAAGAAGAUGGACAGGAACUCUAUUCAAAACGACAACCGUCAAGCACUCCGUCAAUCGAAUAGCACUCUUGCUCUUUCAAAUCCUUAUCCUACUCCAUCGCCCUCCGCAAGUGGCAACGCGGUAUUGUUCGGUCAGGGAAUUGCACAGGUCACGCCUUCAAAAGCCCCAACCAGCAACAAGCAAUCAUCAACACCGCCUUACGACUAUGAGGAGAACGAGUGGGGAGCUUCUGCUGCUGCGAGCAUUUUCGCAGCUUCGAGUCGCUUCUAG